CUAAGGUGACAAGAAAAGCCAGAGAAUGUUCCUUGCACUAGGCCACUAGUUUGAAUUGAAUCAUUGUGGCCUAAUCAAUGGUCUUAUUGGAUUACUGGCCACUGCUGUGUUCAGAGAUAUUGUUGCACUGACAAUGAAAAUAGCUAAGAGUUGGUGGUUGGGUGGGUGGGUAGUGGGCUGGAAGGCGAGUGGUGGAGAGAGGUAGGGGCCAUUCCAGGGGUAUGCAUGUGAGAGAGAGAGAGUAGGCAGUCUAAGCACUAUUGACAAGUUUUGUUCUCCUAUUUUGUCUUUUUCAAAUGUAUAGGUUAAGAUUAUGAGAGCUGAAGACGACCUCUGGGGUAACAUCAUUUUAAUACUGAAGGAUGUGGUGUUAGUGGCCAGGACCUCGCUGCAUAGCCUUCUGAAUGAGCACAGGACGACAUAGGAAACUUUAACAUCAUUCCUGUGAGAGUAGAGCCCGUGGUGUUCCAGUGCUGAAACUGGCUGGCUCGUCAUUGCCUUCAUACAUUUUGAUUGACAUGGAUUUGUUUGUUAUGCUGUUUUUAUCACCUACCUCUCUCUCUCUCCCUCUCUGGCUCUCUCCCAGUGUCUCUUGCCUACAAUAGCAUAGCGGCGAGAUCUGCACAUUGCAGAAUUCCGUUGAUUGGCGCGAGAGCCAAAGGGAAAAACGGGAUCAAAGUUCGGUGACAUGCUGCGACAAUCAGGUGCACUGUGAAAAGUCUGGGGAAAAAAUGCCUGGCCGUGUCCUGCGGAUGGAAGAAUGAAGCACCCGGGAACUUUUUUCAGGGCUGGAAGAGUCGUACCCCUGUGAUUGUGUGCGUUCAUGUGGGGUUCAGGGAGGCUUGGUUGCGAGACAAGACCAAUCAUUUGUCUUGAUUCCCUGGGCUGAGAGCAGGCAAACGGAGGGGGACGGGACGAGCAAACCCCUCUAUCAAGACCUGAUCUAUUUCCCCAAACAAUUUAGUGUAUUCAUGAGGUUACGCAAAUGUGGAGGCAGCAAAAUUACCGUAAUCAAUUGAAACAGCGAGUGCGCAUCCAUGGCUCUGAUUAUUUGAAGAUCCUCUAUCAGCCUGAUGUCUAUGUAACGAGGAAAGGGGGGCACUGAAUUACUGCUGAGUUUCACGGAGAAGUCCAUGAUCAUUGGGCAAAGGGAGUUUGGUCAGUGCUAAUAGGGCUUCUUGGUCUGGCGACGGAAGUAUUUCACCAAACAUUAGAUAGCUGACUCUGCCCUGCUGAAAGGUGCUGUUUUGAAACUAAAACCCACACUGUCCAGACCAUCUGGUGUGCCGUGCUCUCCGUAAUAUCCUUUUUUUUUUCACCUGACAAAGGGAAAAAAAGACGAAGCGCAGGUCCAAGAGGAUAAACUGAGAAUGGAGGUCAGGUACAACCAAGAGACGGAAGGGAUGGUGCUGAAGAAUGGACUAAAGGAGGGGAAGGAUGGCAAGGACUCCCAGGGCAGCUUGUCCAAAAGCUUCCUGAAGGAGCAGCAGGACUCCUUUUCCCCCUCUGGGACUCUAGACAACUGCGAGAAGAACAGAGGGAGCACAGGGGACCCAGACUACUGUCGGAGAAUACUUGUCCGAGAUGCUAAAGGCUCUAUCCGGGAGAUUAUUCUGCCGAAGGGUUUGGAUUUAGACCGGCCCAAGAGAACCCGCACAUCCUUCACAGCAGAGCAGCUAUACCGAUUAGAGAUGGAGUUUCAGAGGUGCCAGUAUGUGGUUGGGAGGGAACGGACUGAACUGGCCCGCCAGCUCAAUCUUUCUGAAACUCAGGUGAAGGUCUGGUUCCAGAACCGGCGCACUAAGCAGAAGAAAGACCAGGGGAAAGACUCUGAGCUGCGUUCAGUGGUUUCAGAAACGGCAGCGACCUGCAGCGUCCUCAGACUGCUGGAGCAGGGGCGGCUGCUGACACCUCCAGGCCUGCCAGGCCUCCUACCCCACUGCAGCAGUGGCACUCUGGGCUCUGCCCUGCGCCCUCCCUCCAUGGCCAUGGCCAGCAAUGGCAGCAAUAGCAGCAGCAGCAGUGGUGGCGGCAGCACUGGCACGGCGGGUGGCAGCCCUCCUCUACCCACAGUCACCAGCUCAGGGACAGUGGCGAGUCUGCAGAGCUCACCUGCGGCUCACAGCCUCUUCAGCUUCCCCAUGCCCUCCUUACUCAGUGGCGUCGCCACCCGCAUCUCCUCCAACCCCCUGUCCAUGGCCGGCUCACUAGCUGGUAACCUGCAGGAACUUUCUGCCCGCUACCUGAGCUCUUCAGCAUUUGAGCCUUACUCGCGGACCAAUGGCAAAGAAUCCAUGGACAAGAAAAUUCUGGAAUGAUGCUUUGUUUUUACACAGAUGGAUUCCUGUUUCCUCUGGACAUGUUUUUGUUGUUUUCUUGGCUUUCCCUGUCUUUCUUUGUUUUGCUCAGUCUCUUUCAUCUGUCUGUGUCAAGUUCUGUAGCAGUUCAUGUAUUCCAGUUGCACAUCUGGCGUCUUGUAUGAGGAAGAAAACAAAGACUGUACAAGCUCAUCUAACAAAGACAGGGUGGUGGUGGAAAGAUUUUGCACAAAAUAUUCACACAGGACUUUGUUAGAGAGAGACACUCUGAGGUGAUUACUGAGGGAUCUUUCAGGUUUCUGAUUAACAAAUCUUUAGUCCUAUUUGUUCAUCAAAAAUAACAUUAUAGACAGGGGCCCAGACAAUAUGGCUGCUUCAUACCACAAAAGCUCUACCGUGGUACAUAGUGUAUACCAGGAAGUAUAGGAUUGGUGACAGAAAGUGUAAAGUGAUGGCACCUUUUUGAAUUUCGUUUUAUUAUUUGAUUGUGUUGGGUAGACGCAUGUCACCACAGUGAGUAGAUGAAGAGAAAGAGAGUCGUCAGACACCAGCAGCAACAGUUUUGGUGAGAUCCGUUCACCAAAUCCCAACGUUUAAAUUUUAAAAUGCAGCAUUAUGAAUGAACAAGCGAGGCAAAUUUUUAACACAGAAUUGGGGAAGAAAAAAAAAGUGCCUCUGUUCGAAGGUCACUGCAAAGCCAGUGUCAGUGUGAAACCCAGUGCAUUAUCCGCAUGAAUGCAAUUGCUUAUGCAGAUGCCUUGCAAAAAUUGAUCUUACAAAAAGAUUUUGUACAUCUGUUUGUAUUAAGUUUGGACCGGACCAAAACAUAAUCCAGAGAAGAUGUUGUCAGACAGUAUGAUGGUUUGUUUUGAAUUGUUCAGUGUUGUUUUCUCUAUGGUUUGGUGAGGAUUUUAACAUUUUUACAGCAGAAGUCUUCACUUUGUGGCAUUUUCUUCUUCAAGAUGCAGUACCUGACUUUUUUCGCCUGUGAUUUUAAUACCACUGUGAGUUCUCAGAGUUUCGGUGUACAGUUUCUAUUCCAUGCAGGAGCUAAACGCAGGAAUGAGUUGCUGGGAAAGGGAGCCCUAAGAAAGGCUUUUUAGCAUUAGUAAGCUGCUUGCUUUGUUGAACACUACAAGGUAACAGGUUUUUCAGUCAUUAAGAAUAUAGUAACCUUUCCUUCCUGUGUGAAAUUUUCAGAAUCCACAGCGUUCAUAAAAGAUUUAGGCAGACUGAUGCAUGUGAAGACUGAAUGGAAUAAUUGUAGUAUAAAACUACUGGAGAUGAGAAAAGUACCUUAAAAUUGUUAUUUUAUUGUAAAUUAUUCACUUCUGUAAUUAAUAGAUUAUUAGUAUCUGGAAAAUAAUGAAUGAAUGUAUUUGUUGAGGGGUUGAGGAAUCAAUCAAAAGCUCUUUGGUGCUGUUGUUGUGAAAUAUCUUGAAAUUUGUGAAACGUGUGGUACAAAUGUGCAUAUAUAUUAUGUAUAUGGAUACAGACAAAGUGUGUUUUUCAUUUUUCUUUCAUACAUGUUCCUAUGAAUCAAGUUAUGAUAAAUUUCAUGACUGUUAUACCUCUUAUACACACUGACCUGAUAUGUAUGCUCCUAAAAAUUUUUUACACUAUUUUUGGUAACAUGCUCUGCUGAUGUUAUCGCCAUUCAUCUUCUGAUUACAGUGGUAAAGCUCAUGUUUAAAAGUCAAACUUGUUAGAAUAGCAGGUUUAUAAACUGGAGUGAGAGAUUUUGAAAGGCAAUUACAGGAUUACAAUAAGUUUUAAAUUGAUUUCAUUGAAUAUCAAUUCAUUUGCCAAAUAUUUGAUUGUUUAUUAAAUGUGCGGUCUAUAAAAUGUCA